GCUCCGCCCCUUUCGCUCCCAGCAGGCCCUGCCCGGGCAAAGAUGGCGGCGUCCAGGUAGAGGUGCAGUGAAGACCCGAGUCGGUAUGGCCUUGGCGUCCGGGCCCGCUAUGCGGGCACUCGCUGGCUCUGCGAGGCUCGGCCUCGGGGGCUACGGGGCCCCGAAACGCGGAGCGUAUGAGUGGGGUGUGCGCUCCACUCGGAAACCGGAGCCUCGCCCCCUGGACAGGGUGUACGAGAUCCCUGGCCUGGAACCCAUUACCUACGAGGGCAAGAAGCACUUCGUCCCGUGGCUGGCGAAGCCGAUCUUCCCGCCGUGGGAGCGCGGCUGGAUUGACCCACGGUUCCACCGUGCGGCCCCCAUCCACGAGCAGCCUCUGUACAAGGAGCAACCCUGCUACAUCUUCCACCAGCGUUGUCGACUCCUUGAGGGUAUGAAGCAGGCUCUCUGGCUUACUAAGACCAAGUUAAUAGAGGGUCUCCCCAAGAAAGUGCUUAGUCUUGUUGAUGAUCCAACCAAUCACAUCGAGAACCAAGAACAACGUGUUCUGGAUAUCAUCUCUCAUUCCCGGCUCUGGCACUCCACUGAGGACAUCCCCAAGAGAGAGACUUACUGCCCGCUCAUUGUGGACAACCUCCUACAGCUGUGUAAGUCCCAGAUUAUCAAGCACCCUUCUCUAGCCAGGCGGACCUCUGCCCAAAACUGCUCCUUAGCCACCACCUGGAAUCGAGAGUCUCUUCUCCUUCAGGUCCGAGGUACGAGUAGUACCAUGCUGAGUGCCAAGGAUCCCCUGCCCCCCAUUGCCUCCAGAGAGGAGGUUGAAGCUACCAGAAGUCAUGUUCUCGAAACCUUCUAUCCCAUAUCUCCUACCAUCGAUCUUCAGGAGUGCCAUGUCUAUGAAGUGAAAGAAGACACAGGAUUCCGGGAGGGCUAUCCUUAUCCCCAUCCCCACACCUUGUAUAUCCUGGAAAAAGCCAAUUUACGGCCACAGCGCUUUCUUCCAGAACAGCUAAGGGCUAAGAUGCUCCUGUUUGCUUUCGCAAAUGCCCUGGCUCAGGCCAGGCUCCUCUAUGGGAACACAGCCAGAGUCUUGGAGCAGCCCAUAGUCGUGCAGAGCGUGGGCACCGAUGGCCGUGUCUUCCAGUUUCUGGUGUUGCAGUUGAACACCACAGAUCUGACAUCUAGUGAGGGCGUCAAGAAUUUGGUAUGGACAGACUCAGACCAGCUCCUUUACCAGCACUUCUGGUGUCGCCCAGUCAUCAAAAAAAAGGUGGUGGUGAACGCCCUCUACAGUUCUCGUCUGGAAGCAUAAAUGAGAAUGUGCAAGGAUAUCUUCACAGUCACCAAUGAGGAUGCCACAGUCAAGAAACUGCUGAGAAGAGCGGCCCAGCUUCUCUCCACCCCACUAUCCUCCCAAGUAGUCGCCAAGUGGUGAGCACACACUCCUCACGCUCCACAGGGGCACGAUUAGUGUCUAGAGGAAGAACUAACCUGCCCACCCAACUCUAGUCAGAGGCAAUACUCCGAUCUGUGGGAGCUACAAUCUGGUCCUAAGAGUCUUAGAAGAGCAGAAUGACCUAUGCUCAAGCACUGUCCCCAUCCCGGGCCUGCCAGAUGUACCCAGGACGUCAACUGUACUUUGUUAAGUCAGCUAGCGUCUGCCACACUGUCCGGCCCCUCUGUAAACCACAGGUCACCUUGCACCACUCCUGAAAUCCUUUGCCCAUCCCCAAGCCUUGCCUCUCCCACCUCCAUCCCUGCCUGUGAGAUUUAAAGAAAAGAAAAAAUCCAAUCUACUGACUCCCACCCAUACCAACCCCAAAAUCCAGACGCAUCAGGCAUUUGGGCAUGGAGGUUAACAAAUUUAGGCCCUGGGAGAAGGCAGGAUAUGGAACAGUUGGGAGGACCAGCCCCCAUCCCAGGAGAAAACAGUUUCCUGGGACUGUUGUUUACUUGUAGAAGAAAAGCCGUGGAAGCUAAAAUGUGACUGCAAGGCAGAUCAUAGAAGCUGCCUUACCUUAAGGCCUCCACGGGUCUGCGGUAAGACUGGCAUCUACCUGUCCCAAACCCCUCCCAAGGCCACAGCAUUCAGCACCGAACUUAAGCGCCAGGCACAGCCUCUCCUUCCUGAUCAGUAUCAGUUCCUACCCGGGUCCCCCCAAGUAUGUCAGGAAGGGCUGCGGAAAAAAGAUGUCCCUUUAAUAAAACGUUAUCAACAUAUAUCGUACACAAACUACAAUGUAUCAUAAUUACUUUUUUUCCUCUCAUAAUUCAGAACCAGACUACAAGGUAAGAAAAAACACAGAAACAGCUACAAUGUUCCCAAGGAUCCGCACAAGUCUUUUGUCAGGCAGAUGGUAUCUCACAUAAUAUGAUAUACAUGGGUCAGAAAGGGGAGGUAAGAAAACAAAGACCAGCUACGAGGAUGGGCGGGGCACAGAGGGGGUAAAUGUACAAAGAACUCAGUGUCUUCCGGAGCAAGACACAAUGGUUGCCACGGGGAGAGGCCAGGGCAGCCAAGUCACCCCUCCUCAGAGGGGACAGGCUCCACCAUCAGGUUCAUCAGUUUUUGAAAAUAAAAACAGGACCAGAAACAGUGUCUGUUUGGUUGCUGGUGCUCCCCCCACCCCACAGCAAUGCUGAAGUCUGUCCAUCCAGUUCCAAGCAAAUACAGAGCAAUUCCAACCAACACCCAUCUUUGAAAAAGGACAAACAGGAGAAAAAAAGAAAAACACAACUUCAGCCCGCCCUGCCAGUGCGCACUAUGUGAGGAGCUCGGGACCAGAACAUGGAGGUCAGUUCUAUGGCCCAGAUUGUAGUCAUCCUGUUGGUGGGGCCUCUCCUACACAGCCUGGGCCACUACCCAGCCAGCAGGAUUCUUGCCAGGAAACGGUGGGGACCGAGGGACUGGAGGCCCCUGUGGCUGGGCAUGAGAGGUUUGGAGAAGAGGCAGCCAUCCUGGAACAGUGUGUACGCUGGGUCACAGCGAUGGUCUCUGUUGGGUGACGGCAAGUUGGGGGCUCUGGGUCCUCUGGCCCAGUGUGUUGUGAUGGCCAGCCCAGCCAGAGCAAAGUGGACACCUGCAUCUCCUUGCCCAGCACAAACCCCAAAGGCCCACGUGGAAACCGUUGACUUCAGUUCCUUCUCCCCAAACAGCUUUUGAAAGAAACCACCAAUUGUAAACUGUCCAGUUUAUUAUUAUUAUUUUUAGAUGGCUACAACAUCAGUGUGAUAUUGCACACCUAGACUAGCUUUUCUGGUGGUAGGACUUGGGGAUAGACAGCAGGGCUUGUGGGUUUUUCUUCCUUUUUUUUUUUUUUUGGCCUUUUUUUUCUUUUUCCUUUUUUCCUUUUAUUAAAGAAGAAAGCAAUGAGGUUGAUUGGGUGGGCAUAGGGCUUGCUAGAAGCUUCCAUUAAAAAAAUUCCCCCAAAGAAUCCCCCCAAAAAAACAAAUUUAAAAUCCCAGCAA